AUGACCCCUUCCAUGGUGUACCCUAUAUUGAUAGUUCUUUUGGCAGUUGUUCGUGGCAUUGUCUGCGUUGAAUUCACUGUGAGAAAUGACGCACUCUCAACCCCAGGUGGUAAGCGAUUCGAGAAUGUGAUCGGACAGGCUUACAUUAAGGCGACAAUGAUAAAAUCCUCCAAUUUCAUAUGGAAUAUGUUCAAACAACAAAAUGCACAAGAUAAGAAUACAUACAACAACGUUGAGGUUGUCGUAUAUAAUUACAAUGGGGGCGAAGCGUAUACCAGCGGGUCAAUCAUUAAUAUCAGUGCCUUAUACGUUCAGGGUUACCAAGGUAAUGUGAAAUGGGAGAUCACAUCCCUUGUCUACCAUGAAAUGACCCAUGUUUGGCAAUGGGAUGGGGCUGGCAAAGCACCGGUAGGGUUAGUAGAGGGAGUAGCGGAUUACACUAUCUUAAAAGCGAAUUAUUAUCCUCCUGCAUUUGCCAAACCUGGAACGGGAGAUAAAUGGGAUCAAGGAUACGAUAUCACAGCACGAUUUCUCGAGUAUUGCGAGAGUUUAAAGCCAGGAUUUGUUGCUGCCCUAAACAAGAAGAUGAAAGAUACAUAUAAUGUACAAUAUUUUAAAGACUUGCUUGGGAAAUCGGUGGAUCAAUUAUGGAAAGAAUACAAAGCUAAAUAUAGUGGUGGGAAAGUUGUGGAAAAAUUAAACUUGGAAGAGAUUAAACCAAGGAAAUAUAGUGAUAGAUAUUUGGUGUAG